GCUCCUCAAACCUGUUGUCCAUAAAAGCCACAUCUAUAUCUUCAACAACAACUAUGAUGCCCGCGCCCGUACCUACAAAUAUUAAUAUACUAUCUGCGCCAUCUAGAGCAUCUUCUCAGCUAGCCUUCAAUAGCCUAGUUUCAGUAGAACGGUUACAACAACAUGAUGCAGAUGGAGAUCAGCGAACAUUACAACUAGCUUGGGAAUUAUCAGUCGGUAGUGUAAAUGAAUCGGCCACGGAACGACCAUUGUUAAGUUCUUUUAAUAACCGUAAAAAAUCCAAUAAUGCAAUUAAUCAAUACGAACUAGCACACCAACAAAUAAUUGCAAACUCACAACAUGAACAGCUGAAUCGAAAAGUUGAUAUUGAUACAAAUAAAAGUAUUCAGCCUACUGUUUCUGCAGUUGCCGCCAAAGGUUUUAGUCAAAUUAAUAUAAAUGGUUUAACAAGUAGAAAUAGUAGUACAUCAUUUAAUAAUAUUUCGAUGCCAACACUACUAUUACCACCUACAAUAGAAGAUCGUUCUAAGAGAUCCCAAAAUAUGACCGAAUGUGUGCCAGUGCCCAGCUCCGAACACGUUGCCGAAAUAGUAGGACGUCAAGGCUGUAAAAUCAAAGCACUUCGCGCAAAGACGAAUACUUACAUAAAAACACCAGUACGUGGUGAAGAACCAGUCUUUGUAGUUACUGGUCGUAAGGAAGAUGUAGCGAAAGCUAAGCGAGAAAUAUUAUCUGCGGCAGAACAUUUUAGCUUAAUACGUGCUACACGCAAGCCAUUAUCCGACAACAGCUGUGAAAUAGUUAAUGAUAGUGUGGAUGGAAAUAAUUGUGGAUCAAUUGACUUCAGGAAGAUACCGCCCGGCCCACAGUCUAUACCAGGUCAGGUGACCAAACAGGUCAGAGUGCCCUAUCGAGUUGUUGGUUUAGUGGUAGGUCCCAAAGGCGCAACUAUUAAACAUAUUCAGCAUCAGACACAGACAUAUAUUGUUACACCAUCUCGUGAUAAAGAACCAAUAUUUGAAGUGACUGGUUUGCCUGACAACGUUGAAUCAGCACGUAAACAAAUUGAAGCUCAUAUUGCUCUUCGCACAGGAACUUUAUCCACGUGUGGUGGGAAUAACAACAGUUCUGUUAUACUGUCAGGUUCGACAAAUGAUGUACUAGCCGUUCACAGCUUGAAUCUUUUAAGCCAAAUCCUAAAUGACCCCUCAAUAGAUUCCGAUUUACUUGUGUCUCUUUAUAAAGCCGAUCGCAUGCGAAAUACUCUAGAAUGCGAAGAAGAAAUAGGUGCUAAAGUGUCAGAAACGCCAUACACAAAUAAAAUAAAUUUUAAUAUCAACUGCUUGGAAAAUAAUUCCAUAGAUAAAGAGUCUUAUAUGAAACUUUUACAGGCUGAUAACAUACAGUUCCAAAAUUUUAACUGGACGCACCAAAUUCCUGAUUACAUAAAUUUUCCAACUAAUAAUGCUAAUUUGAAGAAAGCAAGUGAGUCUAACAUCCUUACAGAUGUAGAUCAUCUUAAUCAUCCAUCAUCUCUGCAAAAGCAGCACAACAUGUUUACACCGUCACAGUCUAUUUCUAGUGUAAACCAUCAGUUGCAACCUUCACAAAAGAAUCAGCCAAUGCUUUUUGGCAACCUUGGUUGUUAUAUACAAACAAUUAAUAUUGCAAACAAUUCUACUGCUUCAAACAACACGAGUACAAGUGGUUUGACUCAUAUUAAGUAUAGUAACUCGGGUACACAAAACACUAGUGUGUUGACUGGUAUGGCUCGGUCUUGUUCAUCGGCUUCAUCAACUGCGUCAUCGAAAAGUGCAAAUAACAGUGGUUGUGGUAGUAGCAGCCGACCAGAACUUAUUAAUAUUUGGAAAAGUUUAGGUGAUUCCCUUGAUAAGGAUGAAGGAAUCGGAGAUUCCCCAAAUAUUUGGACUUUACCUCCGCCAUUGGCAACAUUAACAGGGUCUCAUUGUUCCCCGUCAACUUCAAUAAGUCCGACUGAUUCACUUUUGGGCGAUAUUUCUACACAAACCCACCUAAACAACAUUGGCAUGAAUAACAUAAUAAACGAAUCACAUCACGAGACAGAUAAUAUUAAAAAUGUAUUACAGCAACCCCAAUUUAAAAGUAAGGAUGUAAUAGAAUGUCCAGUUAACAAUUCGGCAAAUCAACGACGGGAUUGUUUGAUCUGUAAGAGUAAGAAAAUAACUGCUGUUUUGGUUCCAUGCGGUCACAAUAUGUUCUGUAUGGAAUGUGCCAAUUGCAUUUGUGAACUAGGGGAUGCAGUUUGUCCCGUUUGCAGUUUAAGCGUUUAUCAUGCUAUGCGUAUACUAGCAUAAGAAUGUACACGCAGAAAAACAGUAAAUGAGAAUAAUUAGAUUAAUUCAAAUAUUUAUUAAAAUUAUAUGUGACCCAUUAAAAUCUAUAAAUUAUUAAGAGCGAUUCCCUUUACGAAUCUCAACAAAUUUUGUCAAUUGAUACAGUUAUGCAUUUAUGGUACAUAACCAAGCGCGGCAUCGUACAUACAUACGAAAAAUUAACUGUAACUGAAUGACCCAAUAAAUCAUUUCCUACAUAAUAAUUCAUCCAUAAAAAUUAUUAGACAUUUUAAUAAUAUACUAGAAUUUGUACGCGCUUGAAUAACGACACUUAAAAGUAUAUUUUUAUAUUUGAAAUUAUAUUUUUAUGUAAAGUAUAAGGCUCCUGUAUGUAUCAGUUAAUAGCAUUAUAUGAAAAAAUAAUAUAUCCCUCAUGCAUAAAAAAAAAAGACAGUAAUCGAUUAAAAGUUACAACCUUUGUAUGAGUAAUUAAGGUGCGAGGUCGAAAAUUUUGUCAAACAUAAUUGAGAAUCACUUACACACAAAUAAAUAAGAAUGUCAUAGACACUUAUCGUACAUUUUUAAGUCUAGUUGUAUUUAUGAUUUUACUUAUGUAGAAUAUGUAUAAAAAUAUAUAUCGAAAUAUAAAUUAACAAAACGA